AUGGACCUCGAGGAUAGAUCCUGUCGGAGCAACCUGAGACUCUGCGGCAUCCCUGAAGAGGUGCUGGAGGCGGGCCUACCCACCUUUGUCAACGGCUUCUUCAAGGCCUUACUACCAGACAUCCUGGUCAACAUGUUGCUGCUGUACCGUCUACACAGGGUCCCAAAGCCCAAACACAUUGCUGCCUCAUUACCUAGGGACCCUCUACUCAAGGCUCAUUAUUUUCAUGUGAAGGAGCUGAUCCUCCUCCGCAGCUGCACAGCUAAGGACUUACCACCAGAAUUCACCAAAGUGCGAGUUUUCGCGGACAUCUCUGCUGCCACACUGCAACACAGGAAGGCGUUCCAAAAAGUCACAGAGGUCCUCAGAGAGCACCGUAUACCUUAUCGCUGGGGAUUCCCUAUCCGCCUGAUCGUCACGCGCAAUGGCACCACCACAUUGCUCCUGUCGCUGAGAGUCCAGCAGACCCACCAUCUCCCAAACGCUUUGAAAGGGACUGGUCCCAAGCUUGAGUGCUGUCUGCAAGUAUUUAAUGCGCACUACCUACACGCACGCUGA